AUCGGGGGCGGUGCAGAACCCACCGGGGGCGGUGCAGAACCCAUCGGGGGCGGUGCAGCUCGGCCAUGGCGGAGCCGGUGGGUCCCGGUUCGUCCCCGCUGCUGGCGGCCGCUCGCCGGGCGCACGAAGCGGCUUUCGGGGGUGCGGCGGUGCUGGCAGCGUGGGCCCCCGGCCGGGUCAACCUCAUCGGAGAGCACACCGACUACAACGGCGGCUUCGUGCUGCCCAUGGCCCUGCAGCUGGGGACGGUGCUGGUGGGAUCCCCCACGCAGGACGGGACCAUCUCCAUCAUCACCACCUCGGCAGAGGCGGACGAGCCCCACCGGGUGCAGUUCCCGGCUCCUGGUCCCGGCAGCUCCCUGAGCCCGGGGCUGCCUCGCUGGGCCAACUACGUCAAGGGGGUCAUCCAACACUACCGGGGUGGUCCCGUGCCAGGCUUCAGCGCGGUCAUGGCCAGUGAUAUCCCCCUGGGCGGGGGCCUCUCCAGCUCGGCUGCUCUGGAGGUGGCUACGUACACCUUCCUCCAGCAGCUCUGCCCUGAUGAUGGGGAUUUGGUAGCCAAGGCUCUGGCCUGCCAGAAAGCAGAGCACUCGUUUGCUGGGAUGCCCUGUGGGAUCAUGGACCAGUUCAUAUCCGUGAUGGGCAAGGAAGGCCACGCACUGCUCAUCGACUGCAGGUCCCUGGAGACCGUCCUUGUCCCCCUGAGCGAUGCCAGCCUGGCCGUGCUCAUCACCAACUCCCAGGUGCGGCACACGCUGUCGGGCAGCGAGUACCCAACGCGCCGGCGGCAGUGCGAGGAGGCGGCAGCGGCGCUCGGCAAGGCCAGCCUGAGGGAUGCCACCCUGGCCGAGCUGGAAGAGGCCAGGAGCCGGCUGGGGGACGAGGUGUUCCGGCGGGCCAGGCACGUCAUCGGCGAGAUAGCCCGGACAGCGCAGGCAGCGCAGGCACUGCAGCACAGGGACUACAGAACGUUCGGGAGGCUGAUGGUGGAGAGCCACAACUCCCUCAGGGAUGACUAUGAAGUGAGCUGCCCAGAGCUGGACGAGCUGGUGGCAGCAGCGCUGGAAGUCGAUGGGGUUUAUGGCAGCAGGAUGACCGGGGGAGGCUUUGGUGGCUGCACGGUGACGCUGCUGGAAGCUGGGGCUGCAGAGAGAGCCCAGCAGCACAUCCAGGAGAAAUACAGUGGCACAGCCACCUUCUACCUCACCAAGCCCUCAGAUGGUGCAAAGGCCCUGGCCCUGUAGAGGAGAGACCCCCUCACCUGGGACCCUUGGGCUGGCACUGCCUCCCUCCCCAAAGGGAUCCAUUUGUCCAUCUGCAUCAUUUGCCUAAUAAAAACAAAACAUUUGCACAGUGCCCAUGGUAGCUAAAAUCACUUGGGACCCUUCCUCAGAGGAUAUUGCUUUAGCUCCAGUUUGCAGUGGUGUAAGGAGCCCUUAGCAGGGCUGUGGAGUCCAGGAGAGCUGCAGUAGAUGGCAGUGGAGGAGCAGCUGGCACUGACACCUGGCAGAAAUUCCUGCUUGGGAAUUUCCCUCUGGCCCCUGCCCUGCAUCUACUGCAGCUGGAGGGUAGUGAGGGGGAAGGGAUUUUUUAGUUUACUUUAUAAAAAAAAAACCAAAAAACAACAACAAACAGGCAGAAUACAGAGAAAAUAUUUAUUGAGUGCAAGAGGAAGCCAACUGAUCAAAGACCUGCUCUGGAUCCAGCUUGGAAAGGCUGAAACAGCACCAGCUCCAACAAGCAGAUGAAAUUAAAGACAGGCCUGGGUUAGUGCAUGGGGAAGGCCUGACUCCCUGGAGAGCAGCUGAAGGGCCAUGCUCUGCUCUUGGAGAACGAGAUCAUCUUUGGUUAAAAUGCUUGGGGAAGUCCCUGUUUAGGCAGUUCUCAAUAUUUGACCCUGGACCACAAAGCCCAGGGAAAGGGUCACAGAGUCCUUGUGCAGGAAGAGAGAAAAUCCCAACCCCAGGCAAGAAGGGAGCAGGGAGGAAGGCAGCCUUGCUCAGGAGAAAUAAGUGCUUCUUGAAGGCACAGUAAAACCUCAGGGCUGGUGAAGAAUCCCUUCCUUGAGCCAAGUUCACAACUGACCUAGCUCCAUCUGCAGUCAUAGAGACUCCUGUGGACUUGGUUCACACACAUCCAUCUUUGGCUGAAAGAUGUACAACCCUUUCCCCAGUGAAAUAAAAAGCCUGAAGAGGAGAGGGAAUUGUUGGUAGUGAGCUCUUCUUCAGAGUCCAAAAGAAAAAAGGAAAUAAAAAAAGAAAUAAUAAUAAAAAUAAAA